CUUUUAACGGGACCCCUGUCAAAAAGAUGCCUCGGUUCUUCCAAAGUGCAGGAACGCAGAGUGACGUCAGUACCCCUCUAGUCUAAGCCCCGCCCCGUCUUCCUCCGGUAUGGUUUGGCAAUGCAAACUGCACGAUCCAGCUUAGAAAAAUCAGCGCGUUUCUCACGAUUUUCUCAGAGCUGGCAAAUGGACUGGAAAGACCUGUGAAGGAGAGAACACUAGGGUCUGGUUGAGGAGUAAGACGAUACUUCGUACGAUCCAGAAGCUAGGGGUCAAAGGCUUCAGCCACCUGACAGGCUACAGCAAUACGACCAGGAAGGGGACCACAGUGCUGCGCGUUUCCUCCAGGAUCAACGUAUUGGUCGAUUUUUUUUAGUAUAUAACUAGACACAAUUAAUAUAAAAGGAAAAUGAAAUACAACAGAAACAAAGGAAUAUCUGAUAUAUGCCGGGGUGCCUAACCCAUCGUUGCCUCAUGCAUAAUUCCUUCAGAGAAUCUGUUUCCUCUCAUUUAUUGCUUCUUCUUUUAAUUUCGGCGUAACAAAGACAGGUCAGCACCUUCAGAGUACAAUCCGGGAUUCUCAAAGCCGUUACAUUCCUGGGAUCUGCAAAAGCGCCCAAGUAAUGACUGAAUGAUUUUCUUAAGAAAAUAUUUUCUGAACAAUGCUGAUAUAAUACUCUGGUUUUGUAGCAGGUAUUUUCAAAAUCUAGAUUUCGCCUGCCUUCAUUUUUAUCGCUAUAGAAAAUCCUUCGACGUUGCAACAGACUUGGACCAUCCUGAUGGAAAACAAAACAUAUGCGUUUGUUUAUUUAUUUAAACUAGCCUACGAGGAUCAACACCAAUUAACACAAAAGUUAAGAGGUGCUUAGCUCUCAUCUUUUCCAUGGACUGAGAAGAAUUCUCACACCAUUGCCGAAAAUACAAACGGGGAGGCUGAAUGCGGCUACCGACUUGUUUUAAAAGAUACACUGCGAAACGACAUAGGAAAAAAAGACAUCCAAAUAACUGAAACAUGACGUUGUUGUAAAAAUGCUCACACGAGUCCUUGGCAUCACGUGUAGAGAGAAUAAACAUGUAUGGAUGACGAAAAUUAAUUUUAACAGAUCAUACCGUGAUUUUUAUUCAAGGACAAUUUGACAGGCUUACAAUUCAAGAUGUCAAUCAGAACUUUGUAAUCCAAAGAGUGGAAAAGAAAUACUCCUACAGUUGAAAAAAAAAAAACUGACUUGAAAAGUGGAGUAUUGUACAUGUAUUAUGCCAGUACUAUUCAUCUGUAAUACCCGUCAGAGAUGAAGGAAAAGUCCAAGAAUGCUGCCAAGACGAGACGAGAAAAGGAAAAUGGAGAAUUUUAUGAACUGGCUAAGUUAUUACCAUUGCCUUCAGCCAUCACUUCACAGCUGGAUAAAGCCUCCAUCAUCAGGCUGACCACCAGUUAUCUCAAAAUGAGAGCUGUGUUUCCUGAAGGUUUAGGAGAUGCCUGGGGACACCCAACCCGAAUUAGUCCUUUGGAUAACAUGGCAAAAGAAUUAGGAUCCCAUUUGCUUCAAACAUUGGAUGGAUUUGUAUUCGUUGUAGCAUCUGAUGGCAAAAUCAUGUACAUCUCAGAAACUGCCUCUGUCCAUUUAGGGCUGUCUCAGGUGGAAUUAACAGGAAACAGUAUUUAUGAGUAUAUUCACCCUUCAGAUCAUGAUGAGAUGACUUCAGUUUUGACAGCUCAUCAACCAUUACAUCAUCAUCUGCUUCAAGAAUAUGAGAUGGAACGAUCAUUCUUUCUCAGAAUGAAAUGUGUCUUAGCAAAAAGAAAUGCUGGACUAACAUGUGGAGGAUACAAGGUGAUUCACUGCAGUGGCUAUCUGAAGAUCCGCCAGUUCAUGAUGGACAUGUCACUCUAUGACUCCUGCUACCAGAUUGUAGGGCUAGUGGCUGUAGGGCACUCUUUGCCUCCUAGUGCCAUCACAGAGAUCAAACUCCACAGCAACAUGUUCAUGUUUCGUGCAAGCCUGGAUCUGAAGCUCAUUUUCUUGGACUCAAAGGUGGCAGAACUAACAGGUUAUGAACCUCAGGACCUGAUUGAGAAGACUUUGUAUCAUCAUGUUCAUGGAUGUGAUGUGUUUCAUCUGCGGUACGCUCAUCAUUUAUUGUUGGUAAAAGGUCAAGUGACCACAAAAUACUACAGGCUUCUCACGAAGCAUGGAGGCUGGGUGUGGAUCCAGAGCUACGCCACCAUUGUGCACAACAGUCGGUCAUCCAGACCUCACUGUAUAGUGAGUGUCAAUUAUGUGUUAACGGAUAUUGAAUACAAGGAACUCCAGUUAUCCUUGGAUCAAUCUACAGUAUCAAAGCCUUCAUUUACAUACCGUACCUCCUUGUCUACCUCACAGGAUACCCGAAAGCAGAUGAAGUCUAAAACCAUAAAAUUGAAACCAAAAUUUAAAACAUCUCCUUACCCUCAGACAUUCACCUCUUUUCAAGGUGAAAAACUGGAUUGUAACCAGACUGGCAUCUGGAAGGAAAGCCCACCCUAUGUAAGCUCACCACCCCUUGAACAAGGGUCCCAUUUAGACAGCAAUGACUUGGUGUGCACAUCACCUUAUGGACUUGCAUUCUCUUACCCAUAUGGACACAUUCCUGUAGAGUCUCAGCUGCUGAGUGGAAAGAAACCCAUCUUGCCUUCCAAGCUAAGACAAACUCAAGGGUCACCAUGUGAGAUGGCUCGGCACCUCUUGAGCUCCAUACAAAGCAGGGGAGAAGGACAUUGGAACUAUGGCAGCUCUAGUGUACUUCGCACAGCCUGCAAGACAAUGCACAGCCAGACGAUUAGUGUGUCACAUCAAAACUCAGCAGGACUGUAUCAAGCAGAUUCAGAGGCAACAGCACUAGACACCCUACCUGAAGGCUUUUCCAGCUGCUCAACCUCCAGACCUAACAGCGGGUUCAAGGAAGAACCUUACGAACAUAACACGGUUGGGCAGAACAAAAUAGAAGCCAGUCUGCACACUCCUCAGCAGGUUGCUAAAGAAGAAAGUAAAAUGGCAUUCAUCCGUGACACUGAGGACACCCUGGGAGGCAAUGAAAAGCCCUUCUCUGUGACGCUCAGUGGUUCUAUGCUUGUGAAGUCAAACUGUGACCACCCAAAGCAGGUAAACCAGCACAUAGCCAUGCCGGCAGUGUUUGAACACACAAGGAGAAUCUGCAUUAAAGAGCCUCCUUAUGGACCGCCAGGUGAUCACAGUUGUUUAGAGCAAAUGGAUAACAACGGCAGGGAAACACCAAAGCUAACUGAGCAUGACAAUGGAGGAGAACAGAAGAUGUUUGUGGGAAUGGGGCUGGCUGGACAAGCGCCUUAUGUGUCGGUUAACUUUCAUCAUGUCAUCGCCAAGCACAGCUCCUUCCAAAGACCUCCUUAUGCACUUGCAGGCCACGUAACAGAAGGCUACACCUAUAGGUCUGAAGAGAUGAACCCAUAUAUUUAUAAAAGCCAAAGUCCAGCUUCAAACUCUUCACCGGAGAGCCACAGAGAAGCAGGAGUGCCACACUACAUAGGGACAUCUGUGAUUAUAACUAAUGAAAGGUGACAAACUGCGGGUCACAGGAUCCAAGCAAGAAAUUACCCCAAAGAAAACAAUAUAAAAUAUGGAGACUCUGCACAGACAGGAUGGGACAGGUGUAGUCUCAAAUUGGACUCAAGCAGAUACCAACAGCAUUUCUUUGGAGUUCAUUGUGCUCAGUCUCAGUUCUUGAGGGCCACAGGGGUUUCAGAUUCUCACUGCAGUCAGUUUCUUACUCAGAGAUGAGUUCUGUGUCUUAUUAAAUGCUGACAUACACUUGGCACUUCCACACCAAGUCUGAGGAUACAAAAUGGCAAUCUGAGACCUGUGUGGGAAGUUUAGUUCACCCAGCUCUGUUACAGGCCCUUAAUCGUAAAUUGUCUUUGUAAGGGAAAUGGAAGUACACAUCGAGACUCUAACAGGAGAAGGGUCCAUUCCUUGUCACACAUCGGGCCAAUGUUUGAAACUUCAAGCUGGUUCUGUGUGUGCAGAAACAGAAAAGCAAGUGGUCUGAUUAA